AGGGUGUCUCUCCGCACAAGCCCGCGUCCCGCGCCGCGCCCCCGCGCCAGCAGCUCCCGCGGUCGCACGACCAGCGGCGGCCCGGCGACCCCAGCCGCCUCUCCGCAUCUGCAUCUGCAUCUGCCGGCCGCGCAGCCUCCCGCAUCCCAUCAUGUCGGUGGCAGGGCUGAAGAAGCAGUUCCACAAAGCCACUCAGAAAGUGAGUGAGAAGGUGGGAGGAGCGGAAGGCACCAAGCUCGAUGAUGACUUCAAAGAGAUGGAGAGGAAAGUGGAUGUCACCAGCAGGGCUGUGAUGGAGAUAAUGACAAAAACGAUUGAAUACCUCCAACCCAAUCCAGCUUCCAGGGCUAAGCUCAGUAUGAUCAACACCAUGUCGAAAAUCCGCGGCCAAGAGAAGGGGCCAGGCUACCCUCAGGCGGAAGCACUGCUGGCAGAGGCCAUGCUCAAGUUCGGCAGGGAGCUGGGUGAUGAUUGCAACUUUGGUCCUGCUCUCGGUGAGGUGGGAGAAGCCAUGAGGGAGCUCUCGGAGGUCAAGGACUCAUUGGACAUGGAAGUGAAGCAGAAUUUCAUCGACCCCCUUCAGAAUCUUCAUGACAAGGAUCUGAGGGAGAUUCAGCAUCAUCUGAAAAAGCUGGAAGGCCGACGCUUAGACUUUGAUUAUAAGAAGAAGCGACAAGGCAAGAUUCCAGAUGAAGAACUCCGCCAAGCUCUGGAGAAAUUCGAUGAGUCUAAAGAAAUCGCCGAGUCGAGCAUGUUCAACCUCUUGGAGAUGGAUAUAGAACAGGUGAGCCAGCUCUCCGCACUUGUUCAGGCUCAGCUGGAGUACCACAAGCAGGCAGUGCAGAUCCUGCAGCAGGUCACUGUCAGACUGGAAGAAAGAAUAAGACAAGCUUCAUCUCAGCCAAGAAGGGAAUAUCAGCCCAAACCACGGAUGAGCCUAGAGUUUGCCACUGGAGACAGUACUCAGCCCAACGGGGGUCUCUCCCACACAGGCACACCCAAACCUCCAGGUGUCCAAAUGGAUCAGCCCUGCUGCCGAGCUCUGUAUGACUUUGAACCUGAAAAUGAAGGGGAAUUGGGUUUUAAAGAGGGCGAUAUCAUCACACUCACUAAUCAGAUUGACGAGAACUGGUAUGAGGGGAUGCUUCAUGGCCAGUCUGGCUUUUUCCCCAUCAACUAUGUAGAAAUUCUGGUUGCUCUGCCCCAUUAGGAUCCUGUGCUGGCUGGCUCACCUCCUUCUGACCCAGAUAGUUAAGUUUAACCACUGCUUUGGUAAUGCUGCUUCCAAUACAUCACGAAUGCAGGCCGCAGUGGAUGAGUCACCAAGCCCACACGUGCCCUGGGUUGACCCGUGUGCUCCUCCAGGAGACGCGGUGAUAGAUGGUAUCUUCCAAGGCCAGUGGGCCUGGUACAUGCUUUAAAACACCAUCUGAGACUAGCCAGGAGUCCCAGAACUGGCUUCACAGUUCUCAGGAGGCUGUGGUUCCUGGUAACAUGCCUGUGAACCACAUGGCAGAAAAACUCUCCUCACUGAAGAUAUUGUCUCUCACCCAGGGGCCAUCUCAAGGUCUCCAGUUCUCCAUUUACAGAGGAGAAAGUCCUUUUUGUUGCACUUUCCCUUCCUAAAUAUGUGAGUCACAGAAUUGUUGGCAAAAACAUCCCCUCACCAGCAAGAUGUCUGCUGGUUUAAGCAACUUGGUCUCUUGAUGCCAUUAGCAAAAGUAUUAAUUGUCCAAAGCACCUUUGUUCACUAAUAUCUAUCUAUCUAUCUAUCUAUCUAUCUAUCUAUCUAUCUAUCUAUCUAUCUAUCUAUCAUCUAUCUACCUACCUAUCUACCUAUCAUCUAUCUAUCUAUCAUCUAUUAUCUAUCUAUCUAUCUAUCUAUCUAUCUAUCUAUCUAUCUAUCCAUCUAUCUAUCCAUCAUCUAUCUACCUACCUAUCUACUAUCCAUCUAUCUAUCUAUCCAUCAUCUAUCUACCUACCUAUCUACUAUCCAUCCAUUUAUCUAUCUAUCUAUCUAUCUAUCUAUCUAUCUAUCUCCCUCAUACUUCUGAGACAUGGCCAGUUUUCUUCCCUCCCUGCUGUUAAGCACUUGGCAGAUGAGGGGGGGGGUCCCAUUUAUUUCUGAGUGAGAUGGUGAGCAAUCUGUAUGUUGGCUGAAAAGAAAAAAAAAUCUCCAGUCUGAAUUGGGAAGAAAUCUGGUCUCUAAGCUCAGAUUCCUUGCUGUACAGAAGCUGUGUAUAUACGUAGCCCGUUUCUGAAGGGUACAGGAAGGGGGCACGGCUGUCUUCCCUUCUCUGUUUACUUACCCAGGAAUCAGUCCAUUCCCUGAGUCCCUUUACCACAAAGACGUAGGAGAGAAACACUAGUAAGCAUUUCCCACUCCAUAGAACAAGACAGUGAGCAUCGCUCCUUCCCACGUUUACUUGUUUGUGUUCCUUGAACAUCAUUUGUGCAUAUUCUGCCCUCAAUGAGGACCAAAUAAAGAUGAUUUUUGUGCUUAGCAGUUUAAGGUAUGUGGCUGCAUAUGCAAACCCCUUUUCCACUCCAGUCAUUACUUUGAACGCCUCCCUUCCUCAUUUUGUGUGUACAGUGCUGUGUACGCUGAUCAGUGUUGGGUUUUCGUUUUGUUCUCCUUUCAGUUAUGGAAGUCCCGAUAGGCACCCAGAGUUCUAUUUAUCUAGCUGUACAGGCUCCUUCAGAGGUUUAGCGUGCUGCUUCCGAUAUGCCACUUGCGGUAGUGGAUCGUGUGGAGUGAAAGGCAAAUCUUCCUGCUUAAUGUAUAAACUCACCACGGGAAGCACUGCUGUUUCCAAUAAACAUUGCUGAAGACGAAA